UUAAUGCAGUACCUGUAUUGUACUAUGCAUACAGAAAUGCAAACUUGCACUGCUUUGUAGCACAGGUUUUCUUCAAAUUGCAACAUCAUUAGGUAAAUGAAAAUCAGGUAGUAAAGAGAUCAGAUUAGAUAAAUUACAAAGAGACUGUCAGUCACCGGGGCCCUGUUCUAUACGUUUGGGUGCUAUAUUUCAGCUACAGAAAAGCACAAACCAAAGGGAGCUUUAGGAGCACCAGAAAUAUGUAGUAUAUGCUGCACAAUCACUACUGCAUAGUAUGCGAGGCCUUGUUCCAAAACGGUAGGAAGGCAAAUUUGAAACAUGAACAGGAAAAGAAAAGCUAUAUGAAUGUGUUCUCAGUGUUUGAAGCCUGGUUGACAUUUUAUGUGAUCUCCAGGUGUGUUUUUUGCUGUCGAGCUGUUUUUAUGGUUUAGGAGCUGUAAAUCUUUAAAAAGAAGAAGAAAAAAAUAGAAUAUGUAGCAUGUGUUCUUGAAAGUGUGUAUAUAACAUUUAAAUAAAGAAAAAUCUACAUGUGAACAUGUUCAGUGCGGGCACAGGGCAGUCGUCUGUUUGUUUUUUUUUCAUCUUGACACCUGAAACUUGUGCAGCUACAUUCCACGUCAUGCGCAGAAGCAGCUGCAGCUCAACAGCGUCUGUCGUCUCACUCGGAGAGGGGCAAACCUGCGGACAAACACGGCAACACAAUUUUAAAUUGAUGGCUUUGCUCACCUUGCUUUUGGGGUUAUUUGCCUUCGUUUUGGAACCAGUCGAGGCACAGACAACACAAAGCACCCUAGAUCCUCUGGAUGCUUCUUUUUGUCACGGCGGGCUGGAAGUAAUCUAUCCAGAACUGGACAUUGACAAAUGCCUUAUGAUUCCAAAGAACCACAAAUUGAGAGAGAAAAUCAGCAAUGUUUGGAAAGCCCCGCAGAUCUACUUCUCUGGAGCAAAGAAGAAAACGAUGUACGUCCUGGUGAUGGUUGAUCCUGAUGCUCCCAGACGCUCCCAGCACCCUGCUUACUGGAGACACUGGUUGCUUGUGAACAUAGAGGGCUACUCACUGGAGGAAGGAAAAAUCCAAGGAAUGACUCUUACUGAUUACCAUCCACCGACGCCGCCGCAGAAGACUGGUUUCCACCGUUACCAGUUCAUGUUAUUUGAGCAGCCUCCUCACACAAAGAUAUCACUCACUGAAAAGGAGUCUUCCCGAGGUAAAUGGGAUUUUCAGGCCUUUGUCAAAAGGUUUAACCUUGGGGAACCAGUGGCUGCCUUGCAGUUUCUCACCCAGAACUUCAAGGACUAAUGGAUGCUGAAAUACUUCUAUCAGAAGAAGAAUACAACAAUACAAUCAUACAAACUAAACUAUUUCUUUAUUUUUAUCAUUUCCCUGCUUUCCAUGCAUUAAACAGCAGAAAUUCUUCAAAGCUUGCAUCAGCUUCUAUCUUAUCGUUGAGUUCAAGAGAUAUUUCCUCUCCAUGUUGCUCUAGCUGAAGGGUUUUUGAUGUCGCCCCGUAUCUCUGGUCUUGUGGUUGGGAGCAAAGGAUUCGGGAGAUAGAUUUCAACUUCACUGGGGAUUUCUUAAUAGUUUCCGAACACGGGCGACAAGAGAAGGAAGACGGCCCUGAUAUCACAACUUAGUGUGGAAAGAGUUUUUCUAAUUCAGGGGCCGGAAACACGUCAGGGCCAAAAAAAGGAAGUGGGAGGUGAAACCGAGACCGCAGCUCAGCCGGAUGCUGCAGUGGAACUUGAACUAAAAUACUCUAGAGUGACAGGACAAGGGGGAGGGGCUGUCAGGCCUGUCAUGCACCAAGUUAAGGGAACUUGCUGUUUGUGUCACUGUUUAUCAUAUUUCCAUUGACCACUCUCACCCCGACUGGAAACAAUGAGCUACUUUCAGGUAUUUGGUUUAUCUGAAGAAACAGCUGCUGAGUUUUUGAUGUUUCCUUCACUAUAACUUCAGGACAAUGAACCCGUUUUGAACUUGAGAGAGUUGCAUAAGAGCCUCACCUGGCAGGUCUGCAGAGGACAGUGUGGGUAAACUUUUCAACCCAUCCACACUAAAAUGCUCUUCAGACUUUACAGGUCUUUGUAGAGGAUGGGUCAGAGUCCCGUCCCCCACCCCCAUGAAGAAUAUUGGUUUCUAACCAGCAACUCUCUCCUCCCGGGAGUGUUUGUAUCAAUACCCCAGAUGUCUGAAAAAGGGUGGAUUUACAUGAGUGACUUUGAUGUUCUGAUGAUCAAUCUUUAGUUGGUGGUUUCAUUGACCCUAGUUUGGUGUCUCAUCAGUGGGAUAGGCAGGAGCAGGUAAAGGAGGCUUUUGUGUCUUUGGUGGAUAAGCCAGCCUUGGUAACCCCCAAUGUGCCCUCUCCAUGAACUCUGGAAGAUCAUUGAUCAAUUGUCCAGCAUGUGCUUUGUUUGCCUCCCAGACUCAGCAGUCAGAGCACCCAAGUUCACAAACAAAACAACCAAAACAAUACACACAGGCCCACAGUGAGUGAGAGAACCCACUGCUUUUGAACGCACAAUAAGUACCCAUCGGUUCGAGUGUUGCUCCUGACCUUGAUUUGCUCGUCUUAUUUGACUUAUAAAAUCACAUUUCUAACAACUGGCAAGUGGAGGAUAAUUCCACACUCAUUGUGAAGCAUGCCAAGUAGGAGAGCAUUCUUCCAAAAAACACCUACUUGAAUCCAUCAGUACAAGACUGAAAUGCCAAGAUGUGCACUUCCAAAUGCACUGUGCAUUUUUUUCCCUUCUCCUUUAUGUUUUAGAGAUAUCCUGCCAAACCAGCUGGGUUUUGCCGUGCAGUUUCCUCGAAUGUGUUUAUUUUUACUCCAAAUGUCAAGAGUUAAAUGUUAUGAUUAAUAAAAAUUGACAGUUAUAGUUCAGUGCUGGAGAGUAUAUACACUUCUCACUUUCCCUGAUGAUGUAAAUAAGGCUUUCAAUAUUUUCUUUAAUUAAGUCAAUAUUACCGUAGUUUAUCAUUCUUAUAAUCAGAUCAGUUGUCUCAUUGGCAAAAAGUGAUCCAAUAUGCAAGAUAAUGCAUUAUCACCAGAGAAUUUCUGAGUUACUGCAUGUUAUGAGUUGUGCUAGAAUGAAUAUAAGAGGAACAUCUGAUCAAUUAUUAUUCAUAUAGUUUAUAUUUCCAUAUCUAAUUGCACAUGUUGGAUGCAGUUUGAAUUCCUCAGGAGAUUUGAGUCCUGUCUCAGAGUGAAAUUCUUCUGUCAUUCAUCCAUGUUACUGGAUAACUGAAUCUGUUUUUUUUUUAUCUAAGCACAUAUUUUUAUCCCAUCAUAUAAAACCCCAUAAAGAAGGUGACCUUUAACAUGUCUUCUGGUGAAACUAUUGGAAAGUUGCAACAAAAGUGUGGCCGAAAGCUUCUCUAAUUUUUUUUUUGUUUUGUUUUGUGCGAAAAGUACUUUGCUUCCUUUUGCAUUCAUUAAACUCGACUAGCAUCUGUGGUUA